AUGCAAUUUUGUGACUGCUCCACCCGUACAUACACACCCACACACCCCAAAUAUGAACAUGGAUGGUCGCCGCGAGACAGAGAGCCGCUCCCAUCCUUGCUCUACUGGUGGAACACCAGUGAUCUUUGGAAAAUAACGAAAGUUCCCAUGCAUAUAAUACGCUGCGGGUCCGCAACUUCACCUACAAGAACACAAAGUAUUAACGCCAAAACUAUAGCCAUGUCCGACUCUAUCAUCUCUUAUGCCGCUUUGAUCUUGGCUGACGCCGGUUUGGAAGUUUCUGCUGACAAUUUGUUGGCUUUGACAAAGGCUGCCGGUGCUUCCGUUGACAACGUCUGGGCUGACAUCUUCUCCAAGGCUUUGGAAGGCAAGGACGUCAAGGACAUCUUGUCCGGUUUCCACGCUGCUGGUUCCGCUUCCGGUGCUUCUGUCGGUGCCUCUACCACUGGCGCUGCUUCUGACGAAGCCGCUGCAGAGGAGGCUGCCGAAGAGGCUGCAGAAGAAUCCGAUGAUGACAUGGGUUUCGGUUUGUUUGACUAA